AUGCAGUCAACAGCACUCCCUCCUAGCUCACAAAUGAUGGGUCCAUUCAUGCAACCUAUGAACACCCAGGUUUACUCACCUUCUAUCCCUAUGAUGCAGACCAUGGGACACAACUUGAUUAACCAACAGAUGCUGUAUGGUCAUGGACAGCAACAGUAUCUCAGGGGUCAGCGGAUAGGCCUUCACCAUCAAUUUAAUCAGCAGGCAAAGCUUGGUGAGAUCGAACAGCAUAAAAAGGACUACCUCGAAGUCGCCGCUGUUGCAUCUGCACUUGGUAACCGUGUCGCAGCCCUUGAAAAUCUUCCUUUCAAGGUUCUUGCCCAUGAUCAAAAGCCGCAUCAAUACGGAGUAGUAAGACUUUCGAAUCUACCCUACUCUGUCACAAGACAUGAAAUCCACCAACUUUUGGGUCGCCAUGCUUGUGUGCUUGGUCCUGAGCUAGGCGGAGGUGUCCAUAUCAUAAUGGAACGUUCAACUGCAAAGACCAUGGAUGCAUUCGUCGAGUUUGAAACACAGAAGGACGCUGAGUCUACUGUACGCCGUCUUAGUUUCACCGAAUCUGGUCGUUAUGCUCGUUUGGGCACUCGCCAUGUUGACGUUUCCCUCAGCUCUCAAGAUGAGUUGCUUCGAGAUAUAUUUCCUCGGGCAAAAUGUGUCGAAUGGCGUGGCGGUAAUCCUCUAUUGCUUGAGAAUACUGAUCCUUAUUCCGCUGGGUUCCAAGGGUUUCUCACCAAGGAGGAAAUUCGAGGCCUCAUUACUCAUGCUGAGAAUCCUGGGCGUUCCCCUUUCACAGAACGCUGCCGUCAGCGCACAUAUGAAUCCUUGAUUUCUACUCUCUGGAAGUACCCUUGGAAUGCCUCCACUAUGUACACGGUCGAAGAUCGUGAUGAUCUCUAUCAAGCCGCCGUUCACCAAAUGUUGGAAUUGUGUGAGAAGGCAAAGCAGCGCCGAUUUCUUGGACUUAAUGAGGCCUUGUUACAUGACCUUCUUCGUGCAGGACUUAGCUGCCCAGCUUUCAAUGAGCGCCAGAAAUUUUGUCUUAUCACGGCUUCCGAACUAACUCCUCUACAGCCCAUAACUCAUUGGAAGCAAAUUGAAUCCUGGCCCUUCGACUGCUUGGCCAAACAACCUACGGCAACUGAGUAUGAAAUCAUGUACUACUCCCAGCUUAUUCGUAAGGGACUUGGUGUCUACGGCCAGAGGGAGCUAAUUGUUCCGAACAACUAUUGCAACCGCUAUCAUCACAAGAACGAAUCUCCUUGGGGUUGCUUGUGGAUCGAGUGGAAUCUUCACAACAAGGAAAUGAUGUUCAAAGCUGCUGCCCAGCUUGAGCUUCAUGUUGUACAAGAGAUACUUCAUGCUGCCCUGCAAGAUGGCUAUAAUACUCAGCGUCAGCCUCAAGCUUUAAUGCCUUGCGCUUCACCACAGAAAUUUCUACAAAAGUCGGAGGUCAUACCUAAUCAGAUUGAGUCAAACCAGUCUUCCGUGGACCACAACUGGUCUCUCCCAACAGCUUGGGCGGAAGAGACCGCUAAGCGUGCUAUUAUCAAUACAGAGACACCUUCUCGUCGUUCUCGUGUCAGCGGCUCUAUUAGUGCUGUUUCUGAGAAUGGCAGUUUUGUCAACUCAACCAACGGUGGAUUCCGAUCGAACAGCAGCUCCACUGCUUUCUCCGGUACAAACAGCCUAAAUGCCUCGACUAAUAGCAGUUUCACCACUGCUGACAGUGAUAAAAAGCCCGUAUCUCAGAACCCACAACCUCACAAGCAAAUCGGACAGCUAAGUUCUAGCGAACCUGGUGAACGUGUAUUUCCUGACACUGCUAUUCCACGACGCCAGCAUAGCCUGUCCAUGUCAUCUGUUGCGGUAGGGGCUAUUCCAAGCAAAGUUUUCGAGAAUGACAGCCGCAGUUCCGGUCACUCACGCCGUGGAGAAAGCAUCUCAAUCCCGGCUUACAUGAAUGUUCACAGCGGCGGUAAACCCGUCGAGCAAUAUUCAUGGGUUGCACCUUACUCCGCUUCUGAAUCGCCAUCAACAACUCGCAUCGUGUCAUAUCCAACUGAUAAAACUACAGCUGAUAUCGACAACAUCACCAACCUGAUGGCGCGCCACAAUAUUUUGCCAAGUGUGCCAUCCAAAGUGGCUGCCAAAACCCCACCAAGCCCAUCUGGUGCGUUGAAUCGCAAUCGCUUUAGCAGUCGCCAUACUUCGGUAUCUUCUCUAGCUAGUCACCACAAUCGUCUCGCAUCCGUAUCUGAAGACGAUGAGGAUGUCUUUAGAAAGAGAAUGCUUGAUGCCAAAAUGUGA